UGGAGAGAGAGAGAGAGACAGAAAAUUGGAGAGAGAGAGACAGAAAACCGGAGAGAGAGAGAGAAAGAGAGAACCGGAGGAGUCCCGGUCCCUCUGCUCGGUGGGUGUGAGCAGCAUGGAGUUGUUUUGACCGGACACAGAGCGACCUGCUCCCGGUGAGAGGAUGACAGGAGCUGUCACCGUGCUGCUGCUCAGCGCUGCCUUCACUGCCGCCCGGUCCCUGAACGCACCGCGGGACAGGCUGACCGACAGGCGCCCCCUGCUGGAGAAAACCCGUCCCUUCAUCCUGGUGGACGGAGAGAGGAGGAGCCUCGCUGAAGCUCUGCAGGCCGGUCAUCCUGACACGCUGCAGUUUGAGCUGCAGAUGAGAGGGCAGCACUUCCUGUUUGACCUGCAGAAGAACCA